AUGGGGGGAUUGGGCAGAUCUAGAGAUAUUGUCGAACUGGCUCACAAUCCACCACCGCAUCAUCCCCUUAUCACUCCCGACCACCCUGAUCCUUCUUUACCCGUCAAUACAGCUCCCGCCUCGGUAGGCAAUCCCGGGUCCCAAACGUCAGAGUUCCUGUCCGCCGCAUCUCAACCACCCAGCUCAUCUACCCCUCGGCCCAACCGUCGCCGCCGCCUUUCGAGCAGCCCGGAUAUCCUUGGCCCCUCCUCGGCGGAGACCGGACACCCUCCCCGAAUAGCACGUGAGACCGCAUCUCAGAAUUACCCCAGCCGAGUUCUUGGCCGACCGGACGGCCAACCUCCAUCCCCCAAGCGCAGGCGCCUGGUAAUCAUGCGUCCCGACGGAACAUCAACAGAAAAUGGCUUCUUAGACGCUUCAAAUGAAUCCCUUGCAUCGACAUCGAGGAAGACUGGUCCGAAUGGGCAAGCGGCAACGAACGGGAGCUCUCAUACAAAUGGCUCUAAAGGGCCAUCUCAGUCUUCGACCUACUACGGCCACAACCGGGAGGAGGUGACGCGGAUUUUGAUACAGAGUUUGUACGAGCUGGGUUAUAAUGAGUCGGCAUCCUUGUUGAGCUCAGAGAGCGGCUAUGAACUGGAAACGUCUGGGGUUGCAACGUUCCGGAGUGCGGUGUUAGGUGGGAAAUGGCCAGAAGCGGAGAGAAUCUUGAUUCAAUCGUUUCGAAAUGCCGGGUCACAACAGGUCGACGGGAAAUCUCCCCAAGAGGAGACCCUGGUAUUAGCGGAGGAGGCCGACAGGAACGAGAUGCUAUUCUAUCUGCGACAACAGAAGUUCCUCGAGUUGCUAGAAGCGCGUGAUCUACCUGCAGCUCUCAACGUUCUUCGCUCAGAACUGACGCCCUUGAAUUUUGACGUCGAGCGUCUACACGCCCUAUCAAGUCUGCUUAUGUGCCCGACCGAGGUCUUACAUGCCCAACCGGGAUGGGAUGGCUCCGUCAGCUCAUCGCGUGAACGACUGCUUGGCGAGUUGUCAAAAUCCAUUUCUCCUUCCGUGAUGAUCCCGCAACAUCGUCUGGCCCUCUUACUAGAUCAUGUCAAGCGGACUCAAAUCAACAACUGCGUUUAUCAUAAUACCGCCGACCCUCCGUCGCUCUACUCCGACCACAUGUGCGACCGAAACGAUUUCCCGUUGGACAUCACUGUGGACUUGACCCAGCACUCCGAUGAAGUAUGGUAUUGCGAGUUUUCUCACGACGGCUCCAAACUCGUUACUGCUGGUAAGGAUCAUAAUGUGCUCGUCUAUAACACGACAGAUUUCAGCAUUAUCCACAGACUUACGGAACAUGAGGACGGAGUUGCGUUCGCCAGUUGGAGUCCAGAUGACUCCAAACUAAUUACUUGCUCGCAAGAUAAGAAGGCGCGUGUAUGGAGCGUAGAGAGUGGUCGUUGUCUGCUCACUAUUAACCAUCACCGUCAACCGGUAACAGCAGCUGCCUGGGCAGCAGAUGGUGAGUCUUUUGUGACAGCUUCUCUCGAUGCUGAAUCACAGCUCCGUCACUGGAGCAUGCGCGGUCAAUCUCUAUACACGUGGAAAGGCGGAUUCCGUGUACAAGACUGUGCCAUUAGCGCAGACGGACGACGCCUUGUUGCUGCCGACACAGAAGCGAAGGUCCAUGUGUACAACAUGAUUACAUACGAAGAGGACUACUGUCUCCCACUGCCGAGCAAACCGACCUCGGUUGCUAUCAGCAAAGAUUCGCGGCAUAUGCUUAUAAAUUUGGCUGAGGGCGAGAUCCAACUAGUUGACAUGGAAACUACCGCUGUUAUCCGUCAGUUCAAGGGACAAAAGCAAGGCGAGUUCGUGAUUCGCAGUACGUUUGGAGGAGCAGCCGAGAACUUUGUCGUCAGCGGAAGUGAAGACUCCAAAGUCUACAUCUGGCACAAGGAAAAUGGAAACAUUGUAGAGACUCUGGAAGGACAUAUCUCCGGAUGCGUGAACUCGAUAUCAUGGAACCCGGUAGACCCGGGAAUGUUCGCAUCAGCAGGCGACGACCAUGCAGUAAGGAUCUGGUCCCGUGAGGACAAUCGAUCCCGUCCAGUAGGACCAGUUCAACGCAGCGGGAUACCCUCAAAUGGAGUUACGCGAACAAGCGCAUUGAGGACGACAUCCGCUUUCUAA